AUGCGCCGGGCCAUUGCAGCAUGUGCCGCGCUGACGUGCGUCAUGGCGGCGCAGCAGCCGUUUACCACGCAAGAAUCGAAUGUGCCACUGCUGGGUAGAUUCCUGCAUAUAACGGAUAUGCACUUGGAUAGGAACUAUCGGGAGCAUUCGGCGGUCGUGUCGCAAUGCCACCGAGAAAAGCCCAAGCACAGGCACGGUGGCGAGCGCCGCUCCGGACAUUGGGGUACGCAGCAGAGUGAUUGCGAUUCGCCGUAUGCGCUGGCGAACCUGACCAUGUCGUGGCUAGCUGAUGCGUGGGCUGUGGAGGAUCACAAGCCCUUUGACUUUGUGUUGUGGACGGGCGACACGGGUCGGCACGAUCAAGACAUCGAGUUGCCGCGCCAGGUGAAUGAGAUUACCGAUAUGAACCAAGCUGCGAUCGAUCUGUUUGAUACCUAUCUUCCUGGCGUGCCUAUCGUGCCCAACUUUGGCAACAAUGACAUUGUGCUGCACAACACCAUGCCAGGUGGUCCAACCGAUGAGCUUCAGUGGUUCUCGCGCAUAUGGAAGAAGCAUAUUCCAGAGGACCAGAUGCAGGUGUUUUUGCGUGGCGGGUACUUUGCCAAGGACCUGAUCCCGAACAAGCUGGGUGUGAUUAGUCUCAACACGCUGUACUUUUACGACUCGAACAAAGCCGUGGAAGGAUGCACUCGUCGGAGCCGCUGGACCUCGAGAGACGAGGUGGAUCCAGGUACGCUCCAGCUUGAGUGGCUCGUGGAGCGCCUCGUCGACUUCCGCCGUCGCAACAUGCAGGUGCACCUGAUCGGGCACGUCCCACCGACCUCGGGCAACUACUUCCCACGCUGUUAUGACGUGUACACGGAGCUUGUGCUCCGGUUCCAGGACACGAUUCUCGCGCAGCAUUUCGGUCACAUGAACUUUGACACGUUUUUCGUGCAGGAGUCCUCGCUCGCUAACGGUGGUAACAAGCCGAGUCGCGACUCGGUCCCCAUUCUGCACAAGCAAAUUGAGCAGGACCUUCGCUACGAUUUUGAGUCGCUGCCUGGCAAUGCGCGUACUGAAAUGGAGUACUAUGGCGUAUUCUUCGAGGCGCCUAGCGUCGUGCCGAUGUACCGUCCAUCGGUGCGCGUAUGGACGUACAACACGACCUUGGACUUCCGUGCCGCCGUCGCAGAGAGCGACGCAGAUCUAGCGGCGCUCCUAGACUAUGUCGGCUUUGACAGCUGUGACGAAAGUGAUCGAAGCCAGGAGUGCGAGUGGGUCGGCGAGGACGAAGAGGUGGAAGUGCUCAAGCGCCAGGGCCGUCGCCACCGUCGUCCGAAGCGCAAGCACCGCCGAAGCCACGCUAGGCUACCGAGGUAUGCGUCGUCUCUCUCACCAUCACGCUCCAACACGUUUCUCUCUCUGCUGGGCUAUAGCCAGUGGGUGCUGCCAUUGAACGAGGUCAACGAGGCCUACGAUCACGUAUACGAGACGCAAGGCUUGUCAGCUGCGUCGAUGCUGAGGCCGAACUAUACGCUGGAGUACACGACGUACGAUGCGCCGACGCUCUGGCAUCCAUACGUGGACCUAUCGAUACAGUCGUCGUUCCCGCCGCCUCGGCACCACGAGCUGCCAAGUCAGCACCAUGUGCCUGUGCCCAAGACGAUUCUGGACGGGAUCCUGCAGCAAAACCGCCUGUCGUCGCCGUUCCAGUGCCAAAAGUCGGUGUGCAAGAUGGCUCAGCCGCUCAAGAUAUUUACGACGUACGGACUACCGGACAUGACGCUUCGCCCGAUGCUCGAUCUCGCACGCCGUCUUGUGCUGGACAAGAAGAUGUGGAAGACAUAUGUGAAUCGCAUGUACACUAGCGUGGAUUAG